AUGAUGUAUUAUUAUGUUAAUAAUCUUUAACAUUUAAAUCAGCAGAGCCCAACUGUCAUUUGUUUCUAUGGGUGGAGCCCUGCAUGAGCAUGUUCAUUUGUUGUGGCGAUCUAAUAAUGCCGCUCUAAUAUCAGUCGCGUUUAUUCCCCAAUGUUGUGGAGAUACAGUUUGUCAUUUAAGAGGCAAACCAAAGUUUAUGAUGAAAUAUUAAAAUCAAACUUGUUCAUUACAGAAAUCUGUGGAAGAGGCACCUUCGGGCAGAACGAGGAGGAUCAGGAGAGCAACCUAUAAGACUGAAGGAGCUUCCACUGACAACAGCGUCGAAGAGAAGAAAACCAAACCUAGUGGAGAGCCGGGGAAAAGGCUUAAAAGGAAAGAGACAGCAAAGCGGUUUUCCUGUGAACAUUGUGACGCAGGUUUUAAUUGGAAAGGUGAAUUAACGAAACACAUGAAGCUCCAUAAGAAGCCUUUUCCUUGUGAGCAGUGUGGCAGGAGCUUCCUCGAGAAGAAGUCUCUGGAAAAUCACCUUUUGCGCCACGAGGCAAGCAAAGCCCCCUUGCCCUUCCCCUGCCCUCAGUGUAAGAGAUCGUACCGGAGAGAGGAGUCACUCCAGAAUCACCUCAAGCAUCACGAGCGGUCCAAACCGCCAAAGCCCUUCGCCUGCAACCAGUGCGGCAAAACUUUCCGAAUCCAGCGCUCUCUGGAGAACCACCUGCUGCGCCAUGACAAGUGGAAGCAGAUGUUGAAGUGUCAUCUUUGUGACAAGACCUGCAAGACGUCGGUCCAGCUGAGGUGUCACAUGGCCGUGCACUCGGAGGAAAGACCGUUCAGCUGCGCCACCUGCGGGAAGGAGUUCAAGAGCAAAGACACCCUCCGCUUCCACCAGAUGGUCCACUCCAACUCAAAAAAAUUCAAAUGCACAAUGUGCGAGGAGACAUUCAAAUACGCCCACUCCCUGACCGUGCACAAGAGGAAACACACGGGCAUCACCCCGUUCACAUGCACCGUGUGCAACAGGUCCUACAGAACAGGCACGGCUCUGAAGAGACACGGCGUGGUCCACACCGGGGAGAAACCCUUCACCUGUCACAUAUGUGGAGCCAGGUUCAGCAUGAACAACAACCUGAAGAGGCACCUGCGCAUCCACACCGGGGAGAAGCCCUUCACCUGCUCCGAGUGCGGGAAGAGCUUCUCCGACAACAACAAGCUCAAGGCCCACAUGCUCAUCCACGGCGCCAGGAAGCCAUUCAUGUGCGACCUGUGCGGGAAGACCUUCCUCUUCAACUGCCGGCUGCUGAUCCACCAGAGGUUUGUGCAUGCUGACAGGAACGAGGACACGGAGGGCACGCAGAGGUUUUUGCAGAAUAGAAAGAGGAACAAGUCAUUGGUUAAACCAUUCAGCUGCAAGAUAUGUCUGAGAGGCUUCAGCGCUGCGUGUUCCCUCAAACUCCACGAGAGAGGCCACAGCGAGAACAAGGAGUUCAACUGCGGCAUCUGUGGGAAGGCUUUCCACAACAAGUACUCUUUCGGGUAUCACCAGAGAAGCCACGCGGGGGAGAAGCCCUUCGUCUGCGAUGUGUGCGGGAAGAGGUUUUUCCACGCCGGCAGCCUGAAGCAGCACGAGCGGAUUCACACGGGCGAGAAGCCGUACAAAUGCGACCAGUGCGGUAAAACCUUCAGAACAGACGGAAACUUCUACAGACACUUGCGGAUCCACACGGGCGAGAAGCCGUUUGAAUGUUUGUACUGUCACAAGAAGUUCCACCAGUCCAACCAGCUCAAGUCCCACAUGCAGGUCCACACCGGGGAGAAGCUGUACUCCUGCCAGCAGUGCGGCCGCGGCUUCUCUGAUUCAAGGCAGCUCAAGAAGCACAGCUGUGACGGGUCAUAGGGGGGGUGAUGUGGAACAAUCUGGAAGAACGCUCGACUGAAUAACAAAUGGCUCCAUCUAAUGAAGUCAUAAAUUAACAGCCAUUUGUUAUCUUAAGGGAGCUGUGAUGACCUGUGCAUGGCCCAGUGCAUGUAUGCUCAAUUAUUGCUUUACAAAAUCAUCUUUAAAAUUAGUUUUUGGAGCUGGAACAAUUCCAUUAAUCAACAUACUUGUUUAAUGACAGAAAAUUAAUAUAUUAGGUAGAUGUACAAAAAGAAACACAAGAUAGCUUCAUAGUAGCAAACGGAUGCCUGGUUGUCUAUUAGAAACUGAAAGCUUGUGUUUUGUCUGUUGAUCCGCUUAAGAGUUCAAACACUUCAGGGUUACUCGCGUUUCAUCUCCCUUAAUAUGCUAAAGAUAUGGGAUUAAUCUAAAGUCAUUAAAAGAGUUAAUGUACUGGCAGCUCACUUUCAUUCAGAGAUUUGCAGUACAGGUUGGCUGCAUCGUUUGUGGCAUUAUUAGUUUUAAGUAACCUCAGCUAAUAAAGAAAGAUGCUGCUGUCUCCUGUAAAAAAAAACAGAACAACAACUACAAGUUUUGAGUUUGGAUAAUAUACAUUUAUUUUUAAACGAUAAAUGCAGCAAAAACACCAGCUUCAGAGUUUCAAGUGUGUUUUAGGACUUAUGAGUUUCUCUUCUCCAGUUAAGUGAAUUUUUGAAUGGCAUUCUGUUUUUGACAGAUUUCUUUCAUUUCUAUUGUAUGUUAUGUUCAUUAAUGAAAUCAAUACAUUGAAUAAUUUUCAACAAAAACAACACAUUGUACAAUGACGGGCUAAUGUAAAAUAUAUGUGUUAUGGCAGUGUGUAUGUUUCUUUUCGUUUGUCAUUGCAAUAAAAGAACAUUUGCAAGUGAA